AUGAAUAUUGUCAAAGGGCCGACCCUGACGGCCACACUCGGCACUGGCCAUAGCCCCAGCCGUAAGCUCGACCGUGAUUUGGCCGACAUUGUUCUGAACAACCUCGAAAACCAGCAGGACUGGACCGACAUGCGCGUCCACGGCGAACACAACGACUACAGCGACGGAGGAGACGAUGGCCCGACACAGAGACACCCUCGCACCCUGUUGUCCGGCCUCCCACCGCGCCGCAUGUACAUCCACCCGGACGAGCAGAUCGCCAUCAUGCGUGCCGAACGGGCGCUGGGCCCCGGUGGACGCAUCCCACAGCCGCCCGAGUACGAAUGGGUGCUGCCAGUGCACCUGGGAGAGACGCCAACAGUGGGGCAGUUUGCAGCCAUCUUUGACUCGAUUGAUGCGUUGCCGAGGGCGAUCGACGGGGAGGCGGAUACGACCGCCACGUCGGCCGACGACAACGACUGGAAGGCAUGGCGUGGCGCUCGGCGGGGGAAGCGUCUGUUGCUGGCCGUCGUUCAGGACGACUCGUCGGUGGUCUACUACUUUAUGCACGACGGCAUCGUGAAGCCCAGACAGAACUGA